UGGGGUAUUGUAAAAAAAAAAUCCUGAAGUUUUUUUUUCUUCAUUUUCCAAUGAAAAAUGUUUUUCGAUAAACUACUACGGAACUAUUUCAUCGUAAUCCAUUAAUAAUUAUCCAGAAUUAUAAUCUCUUUUCUCGCGCCCACCAUAAAAAAAGGAGAAAGAGAAACAGAGAAUAAAACGAAAAACGACAACAAUCGAUUAAUCGAAUGUUGACAACAAUACAAAACAUUUGAAUUCGAAUACUGCCAUAACAUUACAUUUACACAAAUGAAGAAAUGAACGAAUGAAUUCUUUAUCAUUCUAUAUUUUCUUCCGUCUACUUAUGUUUUACUCAUUUUUAUUCUUUGUUUUUUUUCCAGAAAAAAAAUGAAAAAUUCAAAUUUAAUGAAAUUAAUCAACAAAAUACGUCUGUGCCUCAUUUUGAUAUUAUAGGAGUUUUUUUUUAAUUUCAAAUUUUGAAUUUUUUUUUUGUUUUGUUUUGUUUUGCUCACAUUCGAUCAUCAUCAUAUCUUACCACCAUUAUAACACCGCCACCCGAUAUAUCCUAUCCUGAUAACCCUUUUUUUUAUUUAUUACCCUGUACUGCCAUGACUACCGGUGGUACAGCUUUGGUUGAUCAUCAUCAAAAUAGUAGUCACUAUAAUAAUAAUAAUAACAAUAAUAAUAAUCGGCAGCAACAAUCAAUUGAUACAUCAUUGAUAAAUAGUGACCAUAAUGAUAUUCAAUCUACAACAACAACAACAAUUCGAUCAUCAUCAUCAUCGAUGGCCAUGGAAACACGGCCAUCGAUUGAACAACGGUCACAGCCAUCAGCAGAAUUAAUAAAUGUAACACGAAAACUUCGUCUACUUAGUCCAGUUGGUGCUGAAGCUGCUGAAUAUGAUUGGCCAUUAGUUGUAAUGAAUAAAUAUAAUGCUGCCAUUGAAAUUAUUGAAACCAUACGUCUAGUGGCCGAAGAAUUUCCACCAUUGGAAACGGCAUUGAAAAAUAUUCUAGCCGAUUAUGAUACAUCUAGUUAUGAAAAAAUGAAAUGUUUUUGUGAUCGUUAUAAUAAAGUGAUCAAGGGAUCAGUGCAAAUGUGGAAAGGAACAUCAAUACCAGAACCAGAAAAACGUCCUACAAUAGAAUUAUUAUCACAUAUAAUGCAAAUGUGUUAUAAUCAUAGUGUUGGUGAUCCACAAAAAUUGAAUAAAUUCUAUGAACCAUUCUCACCCGAAGUUUAUGGUGAAACAUCAUUCCAAUUUGUACAACAAAUGAUUGAUGAAAUUGGUCUGGAUAAAGAUGAUGUAUUUAUUGAUCUUGGUAGCGGUAUUGGUCAAGUUGUAUUGCAUGUUGCCGCUGCUGUUAAUUGUGUUCGUUGUAUUGGAAUUGAAAAAGCUGAUUUGCCAGCUACAUAUGCUGAGCAAAUGAAAAAACAAUUUCAAUUCUGGCUCAAAUGGUAUGGCCGUAAGUGUUCAGAUUUUGAAUUAUUUCGUGGUGAUUUUUUCUCCGAAGAAUUCAAAGAUAUGAUUUAUGGUGCCAAUUUCAUUUUUGUUAAUAAUUUUGCAUUUGGACCCGAAGUUGAUCAUCGUUUAAAGGGUUAUUUUCAAAAUCUAUUAGAUGGAUCGCAAAUUCUUUCAUCAAAAGCAUUUUGUUCAUUGAAUUUUCGUUUUUCACAAAGAAAUCUUUCCGAUAUUGGUGCAAUGAUGACAGUGAAAGAAAUUCUUCCACGUGAUCAAUCUGUAUCAUGGACUGGUCGUCCAGUAUCAUAUUAUUUACAUACAAUUGAUCGUAAACAAUUGGCGAUAUAUUUUGAAAAAUCUAAAAAUCAUCGAUUAAAGAGCAACAACAAUGGCCACAGCAGUAGUAGCACUAGUAACAGCAGCAGUACAAGUAGCCAUAAUAGAAAAUCCAAUAGAAAUCGUCAACAACAACAACAACAACAGCUAUCAUCCACAGCAUUAACAACAAUCACAGCAUCUAAUCAUCAAAAUAUUAUCGUUAAUAAUAAUAACAACAACGGUAUCCAUCAACAAAAUAUUGACGAUAACGAAGACGAUUCAAAUCAAUCAAAUAGUUUGAUUAAAGAUGAAAACAUGAUACCAAAUAAAUGGACAAGAAAAGCAUGGUCAGAAUAUAUAUCUAGUAAUAAUAAUAAUAAUUCUGGCCAGAAUACUAACAACAAUAGUAACAACAGUAUUUCAGUGUCAACAACAAAUGGACCAUCUACGGUGAAUUCAACGGUGACUCCGACAACGACAACAACGGAAAUUGAUGAUGAUCAAAUGUCAAGAUCACCGAAAUUAUCAACAUCAGCAACAAUAGCUUCGACGGUGAUAGCUGCACAAAAGAAACGUACCCGUGGUCGACCUAGAAAAAUAAACAUUCCUGACAAUAAAAAUGAUGACAUUGAUGAUCAUUCCGGUAAUGGAGAUAAUAAUGUUGGUAUUGAUGAAACUAGUCAUAAUCAAUGUGAAUUGAGUGGCAAUAAUAAUAAUAAUAUAGUUGAUGAUGAGGAUGAUGAUGAUAUUGAAAAUGGAAUUUCAAAUCCACCGGAAGAUGAUGAUGUUGAUGAAGACCAAUGUAAUGAUAGCAAUAAUCGUCGUGGACGUCCAAAGAAAAAUUCAUCAUCCACACAAAAGAAAAUCAGUCAUAAAACAAAAAGGAAAUCAUCAAUUUUCUCCACUGGACGUUCAAAAAAAUCAUUCAAAGGUAUAUCGAUGAAUAGUUUGGCUGUAUUGCAUGAACAAACUGUUCUUAGUACAACGGCCAUCAAUACGAAUCUAUCAAUAAAUGUGCCAAAUGGAAAUAGCCAUCAUUAUCAUCAACAUAAUUCUCGUCGACGAUAUUCACCACCACCACCCGGUUGUGUGGAACAACGUCUUUGUUCACGAUUGGAUGAAACAACUGUACAGGUGCCAAAUAUAACUGUUAUCAAUAAAGAAUUGAUUGCAGCAGCUGCAGCUAAUGCUAGUUGUGAUCUAUCAUCACCAACGACAGCUCUUCGACAACAGAUGACACCACCACCCGACAUUGAUGAUACUUCCACCGCCGCUGGUCGUUUGGAUAGUAAAACAGAAAUAUCUGAACAGAUUAAAGAGUUUAAUGGCAUUCGUCUAUGUAGGCCAUUAACUUUAAAUGAAUUACUCUAUCUAUAUGCCAAACAAAUUCAAAAUUUUAAUCUUUAUAUGCGUAAACCAGAAUAUCUGGAUAGUCUUCGACAAUCCAUACAUACGUAUGAGAAUGAAAACGAUAAUUCCAAUUAUCAGAUCAAUCAAAUGAACAAAAAAAUUUAUGAAGAUAAAUUCAAUUUAAAACGUUACCUUAAAGAUCUCAAUAUUGAAUCCAGUCAAGAUCUUGUGACACGAAUUCAUGAGGUUACUGAUUGUGUAUCACAAUUGAAAGUACAGAUUGCUGAACUUAAACGUUUGAUAGUAACACGUGAAGAUGAACUAAAUGAUCUAUGUGCACAAGCUGAACAAAUUCAACUGGAACGUCGUCAACAGGAACAUCGACGACGACAUGAACAGCGGCGAUGUUUGGAUGAAAUAUAUGAACGUGAACGACAAUUACAACAAAUUGAUGAUCAAAAACUUCAAUUGGAAAGGCAGCAACAACAAAUUCUGCAACAACAACAGCUUCAACAGCAACAACAACAACAGAAUCCAGAACCAUCAAUCGUAACAACAGAAUCGGCUGAUCAGGUGGAAUCGCCAAAAAUAAGCUACAAAGAAAUGAAAUAUAAAAAAUAUUUAAAACGUACAAACCGUACAACAACACCCCCACCACAGCCUGCACCUACAGCUGUAAUAAUGGCUACGGUGGCAUCAGAAUCGGUACCGAUGACACCACCAACUCCAAUACCGACACCACCAUCGAAUAGUAAUGAUGGUGGUGGUGUUAACGUUGAAUCAUCAAAAUCAUCUGAUGCAAUGAAAAUCGAUGUUAAUCGUAUCAAUUCGGUCAUUAUGAAAGGUUUUAAUGAAGAAAAAGCUGCUGCAAAUGCUGAACAAUCAAAAUCAUCGAAUCAAGUGAAGCGACAAUCAUCGUCAUCGACCAAUAGUUCAAGUACAAAUAAUGAUUCAAAACAAUCGAAUAAACGAACUAGGAAUAGCAAAAAAGAAACAAAAAUCGAAACAUUAAAAACGAAAAAAGGUGAUCAUCGUGAUGUAAUUAUGACGGCUGGAUGUUUAACUACGGUUGUUAAUCGUAAAAACAGUAACAAUAGUAAGGCAAAUCAUCUAGAUUCAAGUUCAUAUAAUUCAGAAACCAAUUCUACUUCUAAUAUAUCUACAGUAAAUGCUAAAACAGUAGAAACGAUUGCCAAAUCUAAAUCUUCAAAUUCAGAUGCCGAAUCUCAGAAACCAUUUCCAUUUAAAUUGAAAAUUAAUUGUAAAGAAAGUAAGGUUAAAAUUUUGAAUGAAUCAGAAACGAUGAAUGAUUCAUUAACAACAUCGACAACAACGACCAAUAAACGAAAGUCAUCAACAACAGCAACAACCGAAUCAACACAUUCAACAAGCAAAAAUAAAAAGACAAGAUCAUCAGAAUCAUCAUCCAUUCAUCAAUCAACGGAUAACAUUGCUAGCCCGGUCGAAAUGAAACGGCCAUCAGUUGUCAUUAAACUUGGUUCAAAUGGACAAUAUUAUAGUCAAACAACCUUAAUCGAUAAUAAAGAUAAUGAUGGUCAUACGGAUGAUGGUGAUAAAAAACGAUCAAAAACGGAUGAAAAUCAAGAUGAAAAUUCCGAAUUGACAAAAAAAUCUAUCGAAUCUCUUAAGUCGAACAGUACUACUAGUAAAGGAAGUCGUAAAGGUCGUAGUUCAACGGCUAAACAUUCUAAACAGCAACAGUCAGUAUUAAAUAGCCAGGAUGUUCAACAACAACAACAACAACAGCAACAAACAACUAUUAAUUCCGUUACUACUUCUGUUGAUAAUUCAUUGCAUCAACCGAAUGAUCAACAACAGAAUCUGUCGAUGGCCAAUCAACAUUAUACGAAGCCAUCCGUUCCGAUACCACCACCAUCCACUACAAAUGCUGAUUUAGCCGUGAAUUAUGCUCUUAAUUUUUUCAACAAUAUAACCGAUGAAAUUGGAACUAAAAAUUCCUAUUUUAAUGCAGCUGCAGCUGGAUAUUUACAAGCGGCUGCAGCUAGUGGUCAACAUUUUAAUCCCGGUUUUUACAAUUCACUUAAUCAACAUUCUCAUCAUCAAGGACAUAAUUCAUUUGUAAAAAAUAAAUCCAAUUACAAUAAUGGUACGGUUGGUGGGAAUGUUCGAAAUUCAACAACAACAACAACAACAACAGCAGCAGAAACAUCAUCUUCGAAUCAUCAACAUAAAGAUUUUUAUGAUCAUGCAAUGCAACAAUUUGCCGCAGCUGGUGUAACGAAUAAAGAAACGACCGAACAAUUUUUACAUCAAUAUGGUUUGAUGGGACAUCAUUCUCAUCAUCAUCAUCCUCAAUCAUCGUCGACGACGGCAAAUGGCCAUUUUGAUUAUUCAUCAUCAUUGGCUGCAUGUCGUUAUCAGAAUAAUCAGUCAUCAUCACAACAGCCAUCUUCGAAUGGAAAUGGAUUAUCAUCAAUGGGCCAUAAUAAUAAUAAUAAUAAUGAUCCAUAUGCCAAUAGUUUACAUAUGACUGGAUCAUCAUUGGAUUCAUUAAUGUCAGCAACGGCAGAUACUAAUCCGAUUCAUAAUCAUCAUCAUCCAGCCGCUAAAACGACUAAAGAUCAUAAUAAUAAAUCAACCACAUUCUAUAAUCAGAAAAUGAUAUUCUAGAAUCUAGAUAGACAAUGAUUUUAUCUCAAUUAAUUAAUCACAAUUCAUAAUCAUCAAUUUAUACAAAGUUUAUUCCGCUUUGGAUUGUUUGAAUUUUUAUAGCUCCAUGUUAGAAAAUGUGUAUGUGUUCCUCUCAUCUCGUUUGUUCCAUAUGUUUUAUAUCUGCUAUAUGUAUUCUUUCCGAUUCUAUCGUUCAUUCAUUAUGUAUUCUACAUUUUUACAUCACAGUUCAAAAUUCAACAUCAUUAUCCAUGAUUUGAUCUAGUGUUUUUCAUUUCAUUCUUCUCAAUUUCUUUUUUUUCAUU